AUGGCGAGCACGGAAGUUGAGAACAAAACGACACAUCUCUUCACUCAUGUGACAGAAAAUGAGAGGAGACCUAUGCGGUUCUGGCUAUCCCAGAACGUCCCAGGCCGCGAGAAUUACAAAAAGGACAUAAUGAAAUAUGGUGGUGAACUGGUAUACGUAGAGAAACAUGCCGACGUCAUGCUGGUGGACCACCUGAAGAAAAACCUUCCUCCUGGCUGCUUUUCAUACAAAUAUGUGGACCAUUCAAUUGCAAAUGGAUGUCUUCCCGAGGGUCAAGAUCUCGAAAAAUAUCGAGCUGGCCCUUCUGCGCCACGACCAAUGGGCGCAUCCCAUAUUCCCCGAAAGGCCACCAGAACGGAGUUCAGCUUGCAAGAUGACCAAACGGUCUAUGACUGGCUCCAGCCGUUGGAACUAGAAGGUGCGCCUGUCAGCGGUAACAAGAUUUACCAAGACUUAGCCGAAAAGUUCCCGGGGCAUUCAUGGCAAGCAUGGCGUGGGCGGUAUUUGAGGAGAUUGCGCGGGAAUCCUCGUCCAGGGGGUGAACUUCCCAGACCUGACCUACUACACGGUGCUACACCUGAGCCAGAAAGAAAUCACCUCCAGCAGCUUCCCUUGACAAGUGCAAAGUCGAGGCCUUCGACCACAUUGUCUUCACUGAGCUUAGCAGACCCCAGCAUAAAGAGAAAACGACAAUCGAGUCCUCAACCACCUAUUGAGGGAGCAGCAGCCUCCCCGUCGAAAAGAAUGAAGCCCGAGAUCUCCAAGACCUCUACUAUUGUGGUACAAAGGUCACCUGGCAAUCAUCCCCAAUCGCCAUCACGAACACCAAAUCCAGAAACACCUUCACAAGUUAUUCCUCCCACUCAGCAUCCCCAUACUACCAUUCACUCCACACAGUCUUCACCGCAUACCCAACCAAUGCACGGUUUAGUACUCGAAUCAUCAGAAGAAAGCCAGGAUCAACCGGAUCCACUGUUUCUGGAGCUGCCAUUUCUACCGCCAAGUCCAGAACCAGAUGACCGCGAGGAAAGUGAUGAAGAAGACCUUCCAGACGUCGAUGGCUGGAUCGCCAGGCAACUGGCGCGAGGAAUAACAGAUGAAGCAACCAUUAUUGAUGUCCUGCGCUCUGCAACCAUGGAUCAAGACCUUGCUGACAAGGUGCUGGAAAAUUGGGAUCCCAGCACAUCAAUUCCCGACAACGUCCGUGGAAUAUGGACAGCCGAGGACGACAAAUGUUUGGAAGCUACAGAUGGCCGGGACGUUGAACGAGUGAUCACCAAACAUGGCGAAGAUUUUACUAAUACCAGGUGGGAAUAUCUCCGCAUGGCCAGGGAGAGGGGUCUGCUUUGA